AUGGAUGCGUUGGCCUGUGUGCGUCGUGAAAUCCGGCGCUUACAAGAGCAGCAGCGGCGUGCCCGCUGUGUGCAAGCGCGCUUGGGCUUGACAAGAACAGAUCGUCUGGUGGCCGUGGGAUGUUACACUCAGAGCAAUUACAACCUGCCUUUGGCGAUUACUUUUGGUAAGCAACGUGCCCCGACAUCGUGGCUGCCGUCCACAGACACGGAACUUGGCGAAGUGCUGGAAAACUGGUUUCUGGAAACGCCUGAGGCCACCAUUGUGGCAUUCGAGUAUCCAGAAACCCGCGCGCAGAAGCAGCUGCGCUCACGUGUGGAAAAGUUUUUGGCAGAGUGCGCAACUGCCAAUUUCAUCAAAACGUGCAAUUUCACGAAUGGCUACGCCCCAAGCUCGAGUGAAGUCGCAUCACAGUUUGUCGAGACCUUGCGAGGACGCGAGGAGCUGGCGACCCACCAAGGCUUGGAACAUGCUUCGCGCUGGCAGCGACGUUGGUGCUCUCGGUUUCGUGGUCGCUGGGGGCUUCGCCUCCGAAGUCUUGGGCCACAUCGCGACUCCGAAACGGAUCUUCGUGCCAAGGCCAGGCUUGAAAGGCUGCAGCUGCUUGUGAGCGGCUUCUGGGAAUGGUGCUUGCACCUCAGGCAGACGGCGGCAUCUUAUGGACGCGAACCCAUCUUCAUCAACAUUGAUGAGUCCUCGAUGCCUCAGUUUUGCAAAGCAAAGCGAGGGGUUUGCAUCCGGCGUUCUGAUUGGCCUGCUGGAAAAGUACCCUGUGGGCCUCGGAAGCCGCCCCGCAACACGGCGACACUGCUGGCCAUGAUAUCAAGCGAAGGCACGCUGCAGAAGUGCCUCCCUCAAAUCCUCAUUGGCAACGAGCGGUGCUUUCCGCGACGGUUGCUAUUGAGUGCCCAAACAGCGUCAGCAGCCACAACUGUACAGUAUUGGCGGCGGAAGUCUUCGUGGGUUAAUGGCCCGGUCAUGGUUCAGGCUCUGGAGGAGUUGGCCAAGGCGCUGGGACCACUGCGCCUGUCGGACAGCAAGCAGAUUGUCAUCGUAUGGGAUUGCUGCCGCGUUCACUUGACAGAAGAAGUUUUGACAGCAUGUAAAAGGUUGCAUUUUUGGCUUCUUUUUGUGCCAACGCACAUUACAUCUCUUCUGCAGCCGCUGGACACCUGUGUUUUCGGCCCGCUAAAGCAACGAAUGCGACGACGGUACGCAGAAGCCAUGCGCGGCAGCGGCUGCGUCUCAGUGGCGCAGUGGCUACAGCUCUUGCAAGAAGUGACAGUGACGAUGCUAUCAGAACGAAGCUGGCAGAAGUCAUUUCGUUCGGUAGGCAUCUCCGGCUCAGCGCCUCUCAGCGCAGACCUCCAGCAUUUGGGCAUCGAGUACCCGUUGCCAGAGCCUGGACGUGUGCUUUCUUUGACAAAGCUUCUGCCUCCGGGCAGCGACAGCAAGUGUGAGUUGUUGUUGAACUGUCCCAGGGUGCGUUUCCUGACCUAG